UGAUUUUCAGUCCACUGUGUUCAAACCAAAAAGAAAAUGUUAAAUGAAUGUUGGCACCACAGGUUUGGAUGUUGUAAUCCUCCUAGUUAUGGCAGGCUUAUUAAAGGACAUUAAAGUACAGGACAAAGUCCAAACAUGAGACGGCCUUUAAUGGAGUCUCAUGUAUUCAUAUCUAUGUAUUUCUAACUAUUUCAAUGAAAGUUUUGUCUCUGAGCACGCGCGGUAAUGGACGUCGAAUGACCAAGCCACACUGGUCACGCAGGGCAGGGAUCACGGUGGUGGCGCGUCACCGGGCGUGGGCGUGGCUAGUCGGAGUGUAUCCACCGUGCAUCCUCCGUUACGGUGCAGUCUGACGCGCGAGGGACCGAGCAGCUGACCGUCUGACACAGAUCCGCACAAAUCGGAACCACAAGUGAUGGAACUCUCGGAGAUCGUUUUAUACUGCAUGCUCUUCACCCACUACUUUGGCACCGUGCUCUUCAUCUCGUGGCUUUUCGUCGCCGGGACGCCCACUGAAAUCACCAACUAUGGAUUGCCAAAUUGAAGUUGGGCCACCCGAUCCUGCUUGCGCCGGGACAACCGAACGGAACUAGAGCAAAGAGAUAAGUCGCUAUGGUCAGUGCUGCCGAUCGUGCACAUCCUGCCCCGAGAGCCAAGUGUCAAAGACGCAACCUUAUCAGGAAAUCCCUGCAAUUCUGCGCGUAAAUGACGUCUCCAUUCAACGCGGCGUGAAAUACCCGUCGCUAUGUUUUAGUGGCUUGUCGGAGAGAUCCGUAGUUAGCACACAGGCUGGUUCUGACUAGACUGCUUUGCCUGCAUUCCGCUAUUUUCUUUUUGUUGUUGUUGUUGUUGCGCGCAUACCACUUGUGCGCUGCAGAUUAGCCGCUCCAUUUGCCAAGGGCCAUCCACCGCAGCAGGACCCAACAUCUUUGACCAGCAACAGGCCUGACCAAAGCCCCCCCCCCCCCUCCCCCUGAGAAGAAAUCCUUUUUUUUAAUCGUUUAAACUUUCACUACAACUGAAGUGAGUUUUUAAAAGCUGCACCUGGGAGGCAGGAAUAAGCCAUGGCUUUACCAGAUAGUGGCAUAUGUGGGGAGGAGGUUCCCUUCCCAGAGAUCGUGGAGCUCAAUGUCGGUGGCCAGGUGUACAUAACCCGCUUUUCCACCCUCACGAGUGUGCCACACUCCCUGCUGUGGGAGAUGUUUAGUAGGAAGUCAGCCAAAGGACUGGCCAGGGACACCAAGGGGCGCUUCUUUGUGGACCGCGAUGGUUUCCUGUUCCGCUACAUCCUGGACUACAUGCGGGACCAGCAGCUGGUUCUACCAGACCACUUUCCUGAGCGCGGACGACUGCAAAGGGAGGCGGAGUUCUUCAACCUCCCGGAUCUUGUCAAGCUACUGGCGCCCAAAAUCAGCAAGCAGAACUCCCUUGGCGAUGAGGGAUGUCAGAGCGACCCGGACGACUCCUCCCCCGGCAUUGACACAGCCCGUAACCUGGGCUCCCUGGGCGCUGCAGCCGCCGCCGCCUGCACCAGCGUGAUGCCCGGCGCCAUGGACGGCAAGCGGUCCGGGUUCAUCACCAUUGGUUACCGAGGCUCAUACACCCUGGGUCGUGACAGCCAGACCGACGCCAAGUUCCGCCGGGUGGCGCGGAUCAUGGUGUGUGGGAAGACCUCUCUGGCCAAAGAGGUGUUUGGAGAUACCCUGAACGAGAGUCGCGACCCGGACCGCCCUCCCGAGCGCUACACGUCCCGCUACUAUCUCAAGUUCACCUUUCUGGAGCAGGCCUUUGACAAGCUGUCCGACGCAGGCUUCCACAUGGUGGCCUGUAACUCCACAGGGACCUGCGCCUUUGCCCAUGAGCAGACGGACGACAAGAUCUGGACCAGCUACACUGAAUAUGUGUUCUACCGUGAGUGAGACUAUCGGCUUUGUUCCCCUGGUCCCCCUACACCCCCCCCCCCCCCCCCCACCCUGUCUCCAAGUGCUCCCGCAGCCACCCUGUCCUCCUCAAGCGGAUGGCCCCCCCGCACCAGUAGAUGUAUACCGUAGAUGUUGUGCCCCUCCAUCGCUCUCUGCUGCCUCUCCAGCUUUCAUCCAAUGAACGGUAUCCAACUGCUGAACUCUUUUCUGCAGCUCGAUUCUGCAGAA